GCGACAAAGGUAUUCAUCAUAUUAAAGUCGGCCAAGUAGCACGCUGUAGCGACGCGCUCGUUGAAUUUCGCAAAACUUGCAUAUUAGAGAAACAAUACAAGUUAAAUAGUGUAAUCAUGUUUGAGGCACGUCUUGGCCAAGCUACCAUUCUUAAGAAAAUCCUGGAUGCCAUCAAGGAUUUGCUAAAUGAAGGCACCUUCGAUUGCAGCGAUUCCGGCAUACAGCUGCAAGCCAUGGAUAACUCUCAUGUUUCGCUGGUUUCCCUGACCUUAAGGUCUGAUGGCUUUGAUAAGUUCCGCUGCGAUCGUAAUCUAUCAAUGGGCAUGAAUCUUGGGAGCAUGGCAAAGAUAUUGAAGUGCGCCAACAACGAGGAUAAUGUGACAAUGAAAGCACAAGAUAAUGCGGACACAGUAACGAUUAUGUUCGAAUCGGCCAACCAGGAAAAAGUCUCGGAUUACGAGAUGAAGCUAAUGAAUCUCGACCAGGAGCACUUGGGCAUUCCCGAAACGGACUAUUCGUGUGUGGUGCGAAUGCCUGCUAUGGAAUUCGCUCGCAUCUGCCGCGAUUUAGCCCAGUUCAGUGAAUCUGUUGUCAUUUGCUGCACUAAAGAAGGUGUCAAAUUCUCUGCUAGCGGCGAUGUUGGCACCGCUAACAUUAAGUUGGCCCAAACCGGUUCCGUUGACAAAGAAGAGGAGGCUGUCAUCAUUGACAUGCAGGAGCCAGUCACCCUCACUUUCGCCUGUCGUUACCUGAAUGCCUUCACCAAAGCCACGCCCCUGUCGACACAAGUUCAGCUUUCCAUGUGCGCCGAUGUCCCGCUGGUUGUUGAAUAUGCCAUCAAGGAUCUGGGCCACAUACGCUACUACCUGGCGCCAAAGAUCGAAGAUAACGAGACAUAAACAAAAAGCCGUUAAUUACCUGAAUCGUAUUCAUAUUUACAUAUGCCACAUAAUUUUUCUCACCCACAACAUUCUAAUUAUUAAGAUUUUUACAAAUAAAACAUUUCCUUGGUCAAUAAACUAAAUAAAAAGCAAA